AUGUUCUUAAGAUCCUAUUUGAGGGCAGGCAUGGCGGUGGUGGGAACUGGACCCAGCCCAGGAGCAGGUGCCGGGCCCGGCCCGGGAGUGGCUGUAAAUGCAGCAGCUGCAGAAGACAGAGAGACAAAGCCGGUGGCACCAGUAGCAGCUGCUCCAGCUGGAGAGGGGACAUCUGCUGCUCCUGUGGCAGAGCCCAGCUCUGGAGAAGCUGAGAGUGGGGAUGCCAGCUUGGUGGAUGUAAGCGGCGGUUUAGAGACGGAAUCCGCGAAUGGGAAGGAUACACUACAUGGCGCUGGGGACACGUCGGAGGUGAUGGACGUGCAGACGGGCUCGGUGGAUGAGAACUGCCGGCAGCUGGGGGAAGUGGAGCUGCAGUGUGGCAUCUGUAUGAAAUGGUUCACGGCGGAGACCUUCGGCAUCGACACUUCAUCCUGCCUGCCUUUCAUGACUAACUACAGUUUUCAUUGCAAUGUUUGCCAUCACAGUGGGAAUACCUAUUUCCUCUGGAAGCAAGCAAACUUGAAGGAAAUGUGCCUUAGUGCUUUGGCCAACCUUACAUGGCAGUCCUGAACACAGGAUGAGCACCCAAAAACCAUGUUCUCCAAAGAUGAGGAUAUUAUACCAUUUAUUGAUAAAUACUGGGAGUGCUUGACAACCAGACAAAGACCUGGGAAAAUGACUUGGCCAAAUAACAUUGUUAAAACCAUGAGUAAAGAGAGAGAGGAUGUGUUUUUGGUAAAGGAGCACCCUGAUCCAGGGAGCAAAGACCCUGAAGAUUACCCCAAAUUUGGACUUCUGGAUCAGGAUCUUAGUAACAUCGGUCCUGCUUACGACAACCAGAAACAAAGCAGUGCUGUGUCUACCAGUGGGAAUCUAAAUGGGGGCAUUGCAGCAGGGAGCAGUGGAAAAGGAAGAGGAGACAAGCGCAAACAGCAGGAUGGAGGGACCACGGGGACCACCAAGAAGGCCCGCAGUGACCCUUUAUUUUCUGCUCAGCGCCUUCCCCCUCAUGGCUACCCCUUGGAGCAUCCAUUUAAUAAAGAUGGCUAUCGGUAUAUUUUAGCUGAGCCUGACCCCCACGCCCCUGACCCUGAGAAGCUCGAACUUGACUGUUGGGCAGGAAAACCUAUCCCUGGAGACCUCUACAGAGUCUGCUUGUACGAGCGAGUUUUGUUAGCCCUACAUGAUAGAGCUCCCCAGCUGAAGAUCUCCAAUGACCGGCUGACUGUGGUUGGAGAGAAGGGCUACUCCAUGGUGCGGGCCUGUCACGGGGUGUGGAAAGGUGCCUGUUACUUUGAGAUCACUGUGGAUGAGAUGCCACCCGACACUGCUGCCAGACUGGGUUGGUCUCAGCCCUUAGGCAACCUCCAAGCUCCCUUGGGCUAUGAUAAAUUCAGCUGUUCUUGGUGGAGCAAAAAGGGAACCAAGUUCCAUCAGUCCAUUGGCAAACACUACUCUUCUGGCUACGGACAGGGAGAUGUCCUGGGAUUCUACAUCAACCUUCCUGAAGACAGGGAGACAGCCAAGUCAUUGCCUGACACAUACAAAGACAAGGCUUUGAUCAAGUUCAAGAGUUUUCUGUAUUUUGAGGAGAAAGACUUCGUGGGUAAAGCAGAGAAGUGCCUAAAGCAGACUCCCCAUAGUGAGAUAAUAUUUUAUAAAAAUGCUGCCAAUCAAGGUGUGGCUUACAAAGAUAUUUUUGAGGGGAUUUACUUCCCAGCCAUCUCACUGUAUAAGAGCUGCACGGUCUCCAUUAACUUUGGGCCGUGCUUCAAGUAUCCUCCCAAAGACCUCUCUUGCCGCCCCUUGAGUGACAUGGGCUGGGGUGCUGUGGUAGAGCACACCCCAGCCGAUGUCUUGCAUCCCAUGGAGACAGAAGUGGACAGCAGGCGGAGUCCUCCGUGGGAACCCUGA